AGCAGCUUCUACUGGUAGCGUCUGGCUGAGCUGAUCAACACCCACACCUUGUGAGCAGGCCUUUGGCUAGAUUCUCUGCUAUGUGGCUCUACGUGCUGCUCGUGAGCUUCCUCUGGGCUGCAGUUUGGUUCUUCCGUGACCGGCAGAUGUUGAGCUCCUUCAAGGAUAAGUAUGUUUUCAUCACGGGCUGUGACACCGGCUUUGGGAACAUGCUGGCCAAGCGACUUGACAAGAAGGGUUUUCAUGUGCUGGCAGGCUGCCUAACCCUAAAAGGGGCAGACAGCCUGAAGCGGGCCACAUCGCCAAACCUUCGCACCAUGCUGAUUGAUGUCACCAACUCUGAGAGCAUCCGCAAAGCAGUGGAGUGGGUGCAGACUGAAGUGGGUGGAAAAGGGCUCUUUGGACUGGUGAACAAUGCAGGCGUGGCCAACCCCAUCGGACCCACAGAAUGGAUGCACAUAGAAGAUUACCGCAAAGUCAUGGCUGUCAACGGCUUCGGGGUAAUCGAAGUAUCUCUGGCCUUCCUACCUCUCCUCAAACAGGCACGUGGCCGCGUGGUCAAUGUUUCCAGCGUUCUAGGUCGUAUCGCGGCCAAUGGUGGUGGCUACUGUAUUUCCAAAUACAUGGUUGAGGCCUUCUCCGACAGCCUCAGGAGGGACAUGUAUCAUUUUGGGAUAAAGGUUUCCAUUGUGGAGCCAGGCUUCUUCAAGACUGGAUUGACUAAUCUUGAAGCUAUAGAGGCCUCCUUGCGGCAGCUCUGGGACCGCAUGAGCCCUGAGACACGGCAGAGCUACGGAGAAGAUUUCAUUGCAAAAUAUGUAAAAGUCCAGAACUUCAUAAUGAACUUCUUCUGCGACCCAGAUCUCAGCAAAGUGACUAACUGCAUGGAGCACGCCCUGCAGGCCAGGCAUCCCCGGACUCGAUAUAGCGCUGGCUGGGAUGCCAAGUUGCUAUGGCUUCCAGCCAUCUACCUGCCUGCUUUCAUAGUGGAUAUUGUGCUGGCUAACAUCUUACCAAAGCCAGCCCGUCGUGUCCGCUAGACUCCAAAGCCUCUUUUCCC